AUGGACAUGAAGGUGCGCAGCGGCGAGUUGGAGAUCCAGGGAGGGGUCUAUGACUUGAAGUCGGGGCGCGUGGAGCUCCCUGGCAUCACUUCGAGCGACUUUUCAUCCCACUCUCCCAAUGUGGUCGAUCAGUUGGUGAAGAGUGGAGACAUGGAAGCGCUGGAGGGAGAGGUCCCGGAGGUCUCCAGAUGGUCCUUCCCACCCACUCCGGAGCGGGCGCCCGAAGGCAGCUUAGCAGCGUUGGUGGUACAUGGCCUGGAACCUGACGCCAAAGAAGAGGAAGCGGGUGGCCACAAGCACAUGGACGCAGCUGCUGCGGCCAGCACCGCGCGGGUGGUCAUCAACAAGGAGGAACGUCUCUCCAAGUUGGUCCCCUGCGUGCGCCAACACAUGGCUGCCAUCGCCGCGUCCAUUGUUGUGGAGGGUCAAAAGAACAAGCACUUCAAUGGCAAGAAGCAAAUGUCGACCAUGACAGAGGAUUUCACCACAGCAUUGACACUGUCAAAGGAGGUGGGUGAGGCUCCUUCCCUGGAUGAGCUGCCAUCCAUCGCGGAAGCCGUUGUGAGAGCUGUCAUGGGGGAUGCAUUUGAUGCACAUGCUGAUGGUGCAGACCAAGACGAUGAAAUUCUGCUCAGAGUGGAGAACCUGUUGCUGAUGUACGGUGCUGGGCAUUUGCUGCUUAAGGACACCACCCUGGAGAUGAAGAAGAACUGCCGCUAUGGCGUGGUAGGCCACAACGGUGCUGGAAAGACUACCUUGAUGAAAGAAAUCGCUGCACACCGGAUUGUCGGCAUGCCGCCGGACUUGAAGUGUGUCCACGUCGAUGACUCCAAGCUGGGGGAGAUGAGCGACAGCUACCUCAACGCUUUGGAGUACUGCAUCAAGAUGGCCAAGGACAUCGGGGUGAACGCCGCGGGGCGUGAGACCCUUUUAAAGGUAGGCUUCGAUGAAGCAAAGCUGAAUGAUCCCGUGGCAGAGCUCUCCACUGGCUGGAGGAUGCGACUCACGUUGGCCGUGUCGAUGUUGAAGCAUGCAGACUUGGUGCUUCUGGAUGAGCCAACAAACCAUUUGGAUGAAGAGUCGGUGCAGUGGCUCAGCGACUACAUUCUGUCCAUCACGUCCUCCUCCGUGAUGGUCAUCUCCCAUGAGCCCAAGUUCUUGAACAAGAUUUGUACUCAUGUGGUUGCAUAUGUCGACAAGAAGCUGGAAUACACUGAAGGCAACUUCGACAUUUUUGCACAAAAGAAGGGCCUUAGCAAGGAGCAGAUCGAUGCGAUGCUCUCGGGGAAUCUGAGCUUCGACACCAAGAAGGAGGGUGAUGAGGAUGAGGAUGCAGGUGAUGCCCCCAAAGUGGCGGCGCCGGUGGCAGGCCCACCGAAGCUCACCUUCCCCAUCCCAGGAUCCAUGGAGGGCGUGAAGACAGGAUCCAAGAGUGUUUUGGAGCUGAGGCAUGUCUCCUUCCGCUAUUCGAAAGACAAGGAUUAUUUGCUUCAAGACUGCUGCGGCAAGCUGAGCUUGAGCUCAAGGGUAGCCGUUUGCGGCAGGAACGGCUGUGGUAAAUCCACCCUGAUGACCUUGCUUUGCAGCGAGCAUUCGCCAUCGGAGAACACAGAUGGACAUCAUGGCGAGGUCUGGAGACAUCACAACUUGCGGCUGGCAUACAUGAAGCAGGAUCACCUGAAAGCCUUGGGGCCGUUCUUCGACACUUCUCCGUUUGUUUACAUCACUGAGCGCUUUAAGGAGGGCUACGAUGGUGACUUGCAGAGACGGUUGAUUGAGCCCGAGGACGAAGAGGAAGCCUUACGGCGGAAGGAGUUGGCCAAGCAGUAUGGCAAGUACGGCAACGAGGUGGGAGAGCUGGUGAGCCGCACCAAGGUUGGCAAUCAUUUGGCUUACGAAGUCCGGUGGGAUGGUUUGGACGACCCCAAGCAGAACACCGUUGAGCCAAUCUCAAAGCUCAAGGCCAUGGGCCUGGACAAGGUCAUCAUCGCCUGCGACGAGCGGAUCGCCGCCAAGGCAGCUGGCUUGGAUCAGCGACCUUUGACGCGCAGGGAGAUUGUGAGGCAUUGCGAAGCCUUUGGCAUUGAUGAGGAGAUGUGCUGCAACCGGCAGAUCCGCGGCUUUUCAGCCGGCCAAAAGGUGCGACUCUCCUUAGCAGCGAUGUUUUGGACCAAGCCGCACUUCAUCGCAUUGGACGAGCCCACCAACUACUUGGACGUGGAGACGGUUGAUGCCCUUGGGAAGGCGCUCACCAACUUCCGUGGGGGGAUCAUCAUGAUCGAGCCCAAAACAGACUUUGUGGAGCGGAUCUGCAACGAGAAGUGGCUGAUCGAGGAUGGCAAGAUGAAGGUUGAGAAGCUGAACAAUGGAGUGAAGCGUCAGGCAUAG